CGCUCCCGUGCUCUUGGGACCAGCCCUCACUCUCGAGCUAAAGGCACCGGUGGACUCCCCGCAGCCCUGGAGCUGACCCUUCCGUGGAUGUUGAAGCCCAGAUGCCCCCUUCGGGCGAAUGGAAAACGCCCCCCUUCGACCCGCGCUUCCCUAACCAGAACCAGACGCGUAACUGCUACCAGAAUUUUCUGGACUAUCACCGGUGCGUGAAGACCAUGAACCGCCGCGGGAAAACCACACAGCCCUGCGAGUACUAUUUCCGCGUGUUCCAUUCACUGUGUCCCGUCAGCUGGGUGCAGCGCUGGAAUGAGCAGAUCAAGCAGGGGACUUUCCCGGGCAAAAUCUGACUGUGCACUUGAGCGCUGCUCCCCUUGAGGCAUCAUCCCCCAGUAACCACUGUCCUCUCACCAAGCCCCAGCCUGGGUUACCCAUCUCCUCUCUGUCUCUACGCCACAAAUAAAGUCAUG